AUGGUGCCCAUGAAUGCCAUCGUCGUCUCUGUGUGCGACUUCGUCUACACAAUUCUCCUAAAACUCGACAGGAAAAAGAGACGUAUUUGCCAUGGACAAGAUACUAUCGAUUUUGGCUACCGAGGCCUGCGAGAUCUACCACUCGAGUAUGAGCUGUUUCCGAUUGUCCAACAGGUCAUUUACGAUGACAUGUUGAUACACAUCACUCGACUGUACUUGAACGACUGUCGCCUCACCCGUCUGCCAGACGCCGUGCAAGAACUUCAAUUCAUCCAAGUCCUGUGCCUUGACUCCAACUACUUCAGAAAUAUUCCACCCCAAGUUACAAGCCUACAAUAUCUGAGCGUGUUCUACAUGAACGACAACAACCUAAACAGUCUGAAAACAUCGACGCUCCGCAAGUGCCCUUCACUCAAAUCUCUAUGGCUGGAAAAGAACAAUUUGAAAAGCAUCCCCGGCGACCUCCAUCGUCUCGAGUCGCUGACCUAUCUUCACCUGGUUACAUUUCUCCCCAAGCUCACUAUUCUUGACCUCGAAAAUAAUGAAAUCACCUAUUUGCCCCGGACCAUCAGCGCGAUGCCCGAGUUAACAUCGCUGCUAGUCGACUACAACAAAAUCUUGGACAUGCCCGAGCUCCCAAAAGGAAUCAGAAAACGCUGCCGCCCAAUCAAAUUGGAAACGGCGGAGGAAAUCAUUUCAAAAUCGCCUGGAAAAGCGACCGUUUUUCUUCCUUGGGUAAAAUCUGUGGGCAGUUUUCACGAGUCUUUCGUCAGAUCUCCUGCUGAAGAAAGAAUCCAGGAAAGAAGCAAUUCCAUAGAACUUGAGCUUCAAAAGCCAGCUGAAGAAGAAAUUAAAGGAGACAUUUUACUAGCGGAAGAAGACAAGUUUGAGGCAGAAACGCCGUUAUCCGACACUUCAGAUUUCUUCACCGAAGCGAUGGAAAGGUCUCAAAGACGACAUUCCAUCAACGACGUGGGUCUCACUAUGACCACGGAAGAGUGGUCCGAUGAAAUCCUCGCUUUACAAAGCAUUUAUGAAGAAAUAGAUGUUUUGUCGGACAAGUGUAUUGAGAUCAAUUUCAAGGGGGAAGAAAGCUCGCUAGAAGCAUCACUGAGGGUAGAAAUUGCCGCUGACUAUCCCCUCCACUGCCCUGCUGUAUCUGUGCAGGCGUUCUUUUUGCAACGUGAAGAAAAGAGCGCUCUCAUCAAAGAAUUAGAGGAUAUGUUUUCAUCUGGAGAGCCAAUUGUCUUUGAGUGGGCGGAGAAAGUUCGAGAGAUACUAACCUUGGCCGAUGGUGAGAGAGCCAAGAAAUCUAGAGAGGCAGCUUCCUUGGAAUACCAAAAGAGUGAGAAGCCGGCUGAGAAAAUUGAGGACCCGCUCAUCAGCGAUAUCGCAAUCGUCGCCGGCGAGACAAUUAUCGAUCGCAAGUCCACUUUCCAGCCCUUUUAUGCAAAAGUUAAUACAGUAGCCGAAGCGCUCAGAUUUCGAGAAAAACUCCUUCAAAAUCGAAAAAUUGCGUCGGCUACUCACAACAUGUUUGUUUAUAAAGUCAACGAAAAUGGAAUAGUCAAGUCAGAUGCUGAUGAAGAUGGAGAGAGUGGAGCAGAGGGUCGAAUGUUGCAUCUCGUGGACAUAACGGGCGCAAUGAACAUCGCCGUGAUCGUGACUCGUUGGUACGGAGGAAUUCACCUUGGAGGCGACCGAUGGAAGCACAUCAACAACUGUCUGCGCCAGAUUCUGGAAGACAAUGGUCAAAUAAAUCGGUCAAAGAAACCCUGA